AUGGAAGAAAAGUUAAAUGAAAUGGAACAAGCUGGUAUCAUCACAAGGACAUCAACGCCUUACAGUAGUCCAUUGACAUUCACUCUUAAAAAAGACGGCUCAAUUAGAGUUCUGCUUGAUGCCAGAAGCAUAAAUAAGAAAAUGGGUGCAGAAACAGAGAAACCACCUAUACAAUUAGAUAUUUUGAAUUCAUUUCACGGAGCGAAUUAUAUCACUACCAUUGACUUAAAUAAUGCAUAUUUUCAAAUUCCGAUAAAUAAAGAUGGUAGAAAAUAUACUGGAUUCACAUUCAAUGGAAAGUCAUAUGUAUAUAAUGUUUUGCCGCAAGGAUUAAAAACAUCAGUAGGAAGCUUUAGCAGAGCCAUGAAUUUAAUAUUAGGACCAGAAAUCCAAGAAUUUUGUGUGAACUAUUUAGAUGAUCUAGCCAUUAUUACAACAGGAACGUUAGAUAAACAUUUGGAGCACAUUGAUAUUGUUUUAAGUAAAUUGAACAAAGCUGGCUUAACGUGUAACUUGCAGAAAUGUGAAUUUAUUUGUAAAGAAAUUAUAAUGCUGGGUUUUAUAAUUUCAACAGAAGGCAUAAAGACAGAUCCCGAUAAGAUUCGAGCGAUCCAAGAGUUUCCAGCACCUAAAAAGAUUAAACAAUUAAGGGCCUUUUUAGGUCUAUGCAAUUUUUAUAGAAGGUUUAUACCAAAUUACAGCGAGAGCAUAAUAUCGCUCUGUGAAUUACUUAAAAAGGGACGAAAGUUCAAAUGGAGCGGUAAAGAACAGAAGGCAUUUGAUUUUAUAAAACAACAAUUUAUUAAUACAAUACAAUUGCAUCAUCCAGACUUUAAUAAGCCGUAUUAUUUACAAACAGAUUGUUCCGGUGUGGGUAUGGCCGGAGUACUAUAUCAGAUAGAUGAUAAUAAUGAAAUGAGAAUUUCAGGCUAUCAUAGUAAAGCCUUAAAAGGCCCCGAAUUAAAUUGGUCUGUUACUGAACAAGAGUUUUAUGCUGUAAUAAGCUGCCUAAAGAAAUUUGAAACAUAUUUGCGGGGCAGUAAAGUAAUAAUACUAACUGAUCAUAAAGCAUUAUUGUUUAUUAAUAAUAUGAAGUUAUUCAAUGGUAGAGUAACCCGAUGGAUUUUGUAUAUAGAACAAUUUAAUUAUGAAGUACAGCAUAUAUCGGGUAGACGUAAUAUUGUUGCAGAUGUGCUAUCACGUUAUCCUCCUGAUGGCGAUUUAAUACAAGAGGAAAAAAAUAAUAGUUUAGAAAUUGCUUACACAGAGAGCGAACCGAAUAUUGAGUUGAUAGAAAAAUUAAAAUCCUUAACAGUAUAUCAAUUACAAGAUUCAGAGUCGUUGGCUAUUAUUGAAAGUUAA